AUGGAUAUUAAUGAAUUGAUAAUAGGUGCUCAAUCAGCUGAUAAACACACUAGAGAAGUUGCGGAAACGCAAUUGUUACAGUGGUGUGAUUCCGAUGCAUCUCAAGUGUUUAAAGCGCUGGCAAACGUUGCCUUACAGCACGAAGCUUCUCUAGAAUCGAGACAGUUUGCUUUAUUGUCGUUAAGAAAAUUGAUCACCAUGUAUUGGAGUCCAGGAUUUGAAUCAUACCGUUCUACAUCGAACGUCGAAAUAGAUGUUAAAGAUUUUAUCCGAGAAGUGCUACUGAAAUUAUGCUUAAAUGACAAUGAAAAUACCAAAAUAAAAAAUGGUGCAUCUUACUGUAUUGUUCAGAUAUCUGCGGUUGAUUUUCCUGAUCAAUGGCCGCAGCUUUUAACAGUUAUUUAUGAUGCUAUCUCUCAUCAGCAUUCAUUAAAUGCGAUGUCUUUAUUGAAUGAAAUUUACGAUGAUGUCGUAUCUGAAGAAAUGUUCUUUGAAGGCGGAAUUGGCUUGGCGACAAUGGAGAUCGUUUUCAAAGUACUCAAUACAGAAACUUCUACUUUGAUAGCCAAAAUUGCUGCUUUGAAGCUACUUAAAGCAUGUCUUCUACAAAUGAGCUCCCAUAAUGAGUAUGAUGAGGCGUCACGAAAAAGUUUUGUCUCCCAAUGUUUAGCUACUUCUUUACAGAUAUUGGGACAAUUGUUGACUUUGAAUUUUGGAAACGUAGAUGUUAUUUCUCAGUUGAAAUUUAAAUCCAUUAUAUACGAGAAUUUGGUUUUUAUUAAAAAUGAUUUCUCUAGAAAGCAUUUCUCAAGUGAAUUACAAAAACAGUUCAAAAUAAUGGCAAUCCAAGAUCUGGAAAACGUUACCCAUAUAAAUGCAAAUGUCGAAACUACUGAAAGUGAACCCCUUUUAGAAACAGUUCAUGAUUGUUCUAUUUAUAUUGUAGAAUUUUUGACUAGUGUUUGCACUUUGCAAUUUAGUGUUGAAGAGAUGAACAAAAUUAUAACAUCUUUAACCAUUCUUUGUCAGCUAAGUUCUGAGACAAGAGAGAUAUGGACAAGCGAUUUCAAUACAUUUGUAUCGAAGGAAACAGGCCUAGCAGCAUCAUAUAAUGUUAGAGAUCAAGCCAAUGAAUUUUUUACUUCAUUACCCAAUCCUCAACUUUCCCUAAUUUUCAAAGUUGUUUCCAACGAUAUAGAACACAGCACGUGUAAUUAUUCAACUUUAGAAUCUUUACUAUAUCUCUUACAGUGUAUUUUGCUUAAUGAUGAUGAGAUAACUGGUGAAAAUAUCGAUCAAUCUUUGCAAAUUUUAAUAAAAACGUUAGAAAAUAUCUUAGUAUCACAAGAAAUACCAGAAUUAAUAUUGGCGCGUGCAAUUUUGACUAUUCCCAGAGUACUAGACAAAUUUAUAGAUGCAUUACCUGAUAUCAAACCCUUGACAUCUGCAUUCUUGGCAAAAAGUCUUAAUUUGGCGCUAAAAUCUGAUAAAGAGCUCAUUAAAUCCGCAACAUUAAUAGCAUUUACGUACUAUUGUUAUUUUGCCGAACUAGAUUCAGUCCUUGGACCAGAGGUCUGCUCAGAAACCCAGGAAAAAGUAAUUCGAAUAAUCAACCAGGUUAGUAGUGAUGCCGAAGAGGACACUAAUGGGGCUUUAAUGGAAGUAUUAAGUCAAGUCAUUAGCUACAAUCCGAAAGAACCUCAUUCAAGAAAGGAAAUUUUACAGGCUGAAUUUCAUCUUGUGUUCACGAUCUCAUCCGAGGAUCCAGCAAAUGUACAGGUCGUUGUACAAAGUCAAGAAUGCUUGGAGAAACUAUUGGAUAAUAUCAAUAUGGAUAAUUACAAAAAUUACAUUGAAUUAUGUCUCCCAUCAUUUAUUAAUGUGCUAGAUUCCAACAAUGCAAACAAUUAUAGAUACUCACCCCUGCUAUCAUUAGUCUUGGAAUUCAUCACAGUUUUUUUGAAGAAAAAACCCAACGAUGGAUUUUUACCAGAUGAAAUAAAUCAAUACCUAUUUGAACCAUUAGCAAAAGUAUUAGCGUUCUCUACUGAAGAUGAGACCCUACAGUUAGCCACGGAGGCAUUCAGCUACCUGAUUUUCAACACAGAUACACGAGCCAUGGAGCCAAGGUUAAUGGAUAUCAUGAAGGUUCUAGAAAGGCUGCUGUCUUUGGAGGUAUCGGAUUCAGCCGCUAUGAACGUCGGUCCAUUGGUAGUUGCCAUAUUCACAAGGUUUUCAAAGGAAAUCCAACCGUUAAUAGGAAGAAUUUUGGAAGCCGUUGUGGUAAGGUUAAUUAAGACACAAAACAUUUCUACUGAGCAAAACCUUCUUUCUGUAUUAUGCUUCUUAACGUGUAAUGAUCCUAAACAAACGGUGGAUUUUUUGUCUAGUUUCCAAAUUGACAAUACUGAUGCUUUGACAUUGGUGAUGCGAAAAUGGAUAGAAGCCUUUGAAGUCAUUAGAGGUGAAAAAAGAAUCAAAGAAAAUAUCGUUGCUUUGAGCAACCUUUUCUUCCUGAACGACAAAAGGCUACAGAAAGUGGUUGUCAAUGGUAACUUGAUACCAUACGAAGGGGACCUGAUCAUUACAAGAUCAAUGGCUAAGAAAAUGCCAGACAGGUAUGUACAAGUUCCACUUUAUACCAAGAUCAUUAAAUUGUUUGUUUCUGAGUUAAGCUUCCAAAGUAAACAACCGAAUCCAGAACAAUUGAUCACAAGCGAUAUUAAGCAAGAAGUGGUAAAUGCUAAUAAAGAUGACGACAAUGAUGAUUGGGAAGAUGUAGAUGAUGUACUCGAUUACGAUAAGUUGAAAGAAUAUAUUGAUGAUGAUGUCGAUGAAGAAGCAGACGACGAUUCAGACGAUAUAACGGGACUCAUGGACGUGAAGGAAUCUGUUGUUCAGCUACUGGUAAGAUUCUUUAAAGAGGUUGCAAGCAAAGAUGUGAGUGGCUUCCAUUGUAUUUACGAGACUCUAUCCGACAGUGAACGUAAAGUUCUUUCAGAAGCCCUUUUGUAG